AAAAUCUAGGAGUGAAGGAAUGCUAAGGAUAGAGGAGUGGGGAGGAGAAGAGCAGGAGGGGAGCUGGGGAUACUGGGAUCUGCAGAAGGAUUCCCCCCCCCCCUGUCUGCGUCUCUGUAUUUAUAUAUACCUCCUCUCUAUACAGUAACGUGCUUCCAUUUAUCUCCCUUUGUAUCUGUCCUUAUCCUGCUUUCACACGUCCUCUGCCUUGCAGUGUUAGCUCCUGCUAAUAUCUACUGACUUACUGCUUUUUACGUCACUUUUUUUUUUUUAGCUUAACAAAGUAUUCCUAUUACUUUUCUGUUCUUUUUAGCACUUUUCCCUUCUACAUUUUAUACACUUCUCCUCUUUUCUGCAGCCUUGGCAGGGUUGUUUUUUUUUUAUUUUAUCUAUCUUCUGACCACAUCCACCCCUCCCGGUUUUCCAAAUGGGGGCAGCUAUUUGUCAAGAUGGGGAGCUGGAUUUUCGGCUGAUUUUUGGCGAAGAAGACUCAGACGCUGCAUCACCUAGAAGCACUAUGCACACCGCUGAUCUGGAAUCUGAUGAUCCUUCUAUAUGCAAAGAUGUGACCACAGACACAUUGACUCUAAAUCCACCCUCUAGCAGUGUCACCGGAGGAGCAGGUAAUGGAAUGGGUUGUAUAACAAGGGCAGGCAUGCAUUCACCUCCUCCAAGACGUGCCUCAGAUAAUGAUCUAAAUGGGACAUUUAUCAGCCAACCAUCCCGUUUCAUUCCUCUUGGUGGAUCGCGUUUCCUUGAAUGUCCAAGUAUACGUAUUACAAGUGAUUCGCCUUCAAACAGUGAUGGAGAACAAGAAGAGUCAAAUAGGAAUGAUAUUUGGGAUGAGAGACCACACCGUGACCAAUUGUUCCUCCCACCAGAUCCAUUUUGUUAUAGGGACUCAUUUCUAAGCCCCAGUCCAGCAAGUAGCCAUUCUUCAUGGAGUUUUCUUUCCUCUGAGGCUUCUUCUUGUGAUUCUCUUGGACAAAUGUGUGAAGAAGUUGAAAGAGAGCUUAAUGAAGCAGCCUCACGAUUCACGCUUGCUUCUCCACUGGGCUCUCCUAGGGGUUCACCAAAACCUUGGGGUGGUCACAAUGAUGAAUUUUGGCCAGCUGGUCCUAUUUCAGGUGCUCCUUCUUCAUCCCGUGAAGAGUUACUAACACCCUACCAUUCUGGCCAGGUUUCAAGACCUACAUCUCCCUGUGGUAAAAGAAGGUAUUCAAAUUCAAAUGAUGACGGUGUUCGCCAAACCAGCUCCCCUUCUCCAUCCCAUUCUCGAAGAGGAAGCUUAGGGGAUGAUAACCUCUCAUUAGAACCAGAAGCUUCCCCUAAGCCCACUGAACAUAACCAACAAACAACAUUAACCUCUCUGGAGAGAGGUGAUAACAUUCCACAAAAGGCCAGAAGAACCUCAGCAGAGCAGACAGUGGCCCCUGUUAGGUCUGAAGAGUCCACAAGCCCUGGUAAAGCCUUUUCUUCAGGCUCAUCUGUAUGUGCAAAUGAUGAGAGUACUGCAAUGUUCACUCAAAACAGAAAAGAUAACGUGGGGAUGGAUUAUCUAGCUGUGCCUUCAGCCUUGGCCUGGUCCAAAGCAAGAGUUGGAGGACAAAGUCCAAUAUUCAGGUCAUCCUCUCUACCACCUCUGGACUGGCCACUGCCCAACCAGUUUGAAGGUUUUGAAUUGAGAAUAGAAGUACAACCAAGAACCCAUCACCGAGCCCAUUAUGAAACAGAAGGGAGCAGAGGGGCCGUGAAAGCUUCACCAGGGGGACAUCCUGUUGUCAAGCUUGUAGGAUACAAUGAGAAGCCACUGACCCUCCAGAUGUUUAUUGGAACAGCGGAUGAGCGUAACCUGAGACCUCACGCCUUUUACCAAGUUCAUCGCAUAACAGGAAAGAUGGUGGCUACACCCAGCUAUGAAGCUCUUGUAGCAAGCACCAAAGUUCUGGAGAUGUCUCUUCUGCCUGAAAACAACAUGUGUGCCAAUAUAGACUGCGCUGGAAUUCUAAAGCUUCGAAAUUCAGAUAUUGAGCUCCGGAAGGGUGAGACAGACAUUGGCCGAAAGAACACACGUGUUCGACUUGUGUUUCGUGUGCACAUUCCGCAGGGAGGUGGGAAAGGUGUCUCUCUACAAGUGGCGUCUAUACCUAUAGAGUGCUCUCAACGUUCAGCACAAGAGCUCCCUCAAGUGGAAAACUACAGUCUCAGCGCAUGUUCAGUAAAUGGUCGAGAAGAGUUGCUCCUGUGUGGUUCUAACUUCCUUUCAGAUUCAAAAGUGGUCUUCUUAGAGAAGGGUCCAGAUGGAAAACUGCAAUGGGAAGAGGAAGCAAAAGUAAACCGAUUGAAAAGUAAUGAGUCUCUGCUCUCUGUGCAAGUCCCAGAAUAUUGUAAUAAGGAGAUAACACGCCCCCUACAGGUCUACUUCUAUAUCUCCAAUGGACGCAGGAAAAGAAGUCCUAUGCAAAGUUUUCGGUACCUACCAAUCAUAUUUAAAGAGGAACCUCUUCCUGAGAUAGCCUUACAUAGGUUUCCCUCUGCCCCCCUCCCUCCCCCUUGUCAUAUGCCUUUAGAUCCAACGCAAAUAGACUUGUCUACCACCUUUGCCCCCCAUCUACCAUCAAACUUACCUGAAACUCCCAUGGAGGUGUCUCCUUAUUAUACAUCUUCGCACCAGGAAAAAAUAUUCCCAGGUACUCCAGACUGCGGUAUAGGAAGUAGUUCCUUUUUGGGGUGCUACUUUAAUCCCCCAGUAGCUCCAGAGUUUAAAUCUCCCAUCCCCUAUCAAGAGAACAAUAGUGAUGUUUCACUAACUUUGCCCUUUCAAUCAAACACCAGCUCUCCUCUUCCACCAAGUCCAGUUCCCUGGUCUCCACAGCCCUGCUCUUCCCAAUCUUCAUGUUCAACUACAUUUAGUGGAUCCUUGCUUUCCCAUUUAAAUUCACCCAGUAAAAUGGAAGAGAGAGGUACAGGUUUACAUCAGAACUACCCUUCUGCCCCUAUUUUACCAAGUCUAGAUUUUGAAACAAAUGUACAUCAUUUUGUCCCAGAUUAUCAGCAAUACCCAGCCUGUGCUCCUCCCACGUACACCACAUUAGGUGAAAGUAGGUCCCUAGAGACAAUGCAAGCUAAACUUUCUUCCACAUCUUCAGAAGUGGCCAUAGGAGAACCAUGCACUACCAAUCAACAUUUUACUCCAAACACAAUGUCCAAUCAUCCCGUCAAUCUAACACAAGCAUUAAACUCAAAAACAGAAGAUGUGUCCGUUAAUCAUUCAGAAUUUUCUGUGCCCAAAGACAAUAAUGUGCAACAAGCAUUUUCUACCCCUUACCAAAGCUUGACCAACUGCACCAGCCAACUUACCAACCUUUGCCCUUCUACACAUCCUGCUGCCUUAUCUUCACCUUCUUCCCCACUCAUUCCUAGUGCUGCAAUUCCUAGUCAAAAAGGAUUAUGUGAUGUUUCAUUGGACAUGUCAUCAAAUCAAACUGAGAAAGAUACUUGUUACCAGGAACAUUCCGAAGAAUAUGCUAAAUCUUCCAGUAACGAGGAAAGAGAUUUGGGAAAGGAGAGCCAAGGGUUUGAAAGCCCUUUCCAUUCUAUUCCAAUCCAGGGGAUCACACUGGAAGAAGUAAGUGAAUUCAUAGGUCAAGACCUACACCGUUUUCCAGAGCCGCGUCAGAAUUAAAACAUGGCACCUAAUCAAGAAUAACAGUCGUCUUUAACCAUCCCAGAGAAAAUACACAUUUCAGCAGCAAAUGCAUCCAGAGCAAGCUUUGGAUAAUUGUGGAGCAGCAAAAUAUCUACAUUCUUCAGAAGUAUAAACCAACUACUGAGAGUAGAUGCUUACCAGCAGGAUAUGUUCCAUGUUAUGCCUUAUUUUGGAAUCUUUUACAUGUUCAGCUUUUCUGUAGCAUAAAGCAUUGUAUUUGUUCAUGUAAUUGAUAUGAUGUGACUGUCAAACAGUCUUUUGUAUAUAGCGAGGGUACCUGCAAUGAACCUCUACUCUCCGAUACUAGUAACAUUUAAACAUGGCUCUGCAGUUACUUUCCAGUCUUUCUGUCUGAAAUCUAAUUUUUCCAAUUAAAAAAUGAUAGCCAUAACAGAUUUUAAGAUCUGAGAGAUGUUUUAAGAUUCUUUCUCCCAAUCAUCAUAGGAUCAGAACCAUAAAAACCUCCAUGCCUUUGUCACAUCAAAUAGAUCGCAUUAUCUGAACAAGUUAUAACAAGUAAUAGCCUUUUUUAUGUAGAUGCAUGCAGAAAGAAUUGUUCUAUUUGUAGCAGCAUGCUCUUCCUUUUAAGUUUUCUAUUACACACUGGCAGCACAAGCUUCCAUCACUUGUGUUGAUAUGGAAUACUGACCAACAAUAUUUUUUUAUUAAGUUCUAGUUUUUCUAAUGCAUGGUCAGCCAACAGGUCAUACACGUCAUCAUGCUGGCCAACAUAGUCUUUGUAUGCAUUAAAUAUUAAUUUUAACAA